CAGAAUUAAGAAGAAAGUGCUUCCACAAUCACAGCAGAUGAAGAUUCACUGGUAGAUUUGAAGGAGUUUUGGCCUGCACGCCAAAGAAAAGGAGCGGAAAGAAUGUCGGAGCGGGCCGCGGAUGACGUCAGGGGGGAGUCGCGCCGCGCGGCGGGCGGAGCAGCGGCCGCCCGGCAGCACCAGCUUCAGCCUCCGCAGCCCCAGCGGCAGCCGCCGCGGCGCCCACGGCCAGAGGACGGCGGCCCGGGAGCUGCCUCUAGCUCGGCCGCCGCCAUGGCGACGCUGUGGGAGCGCAGGCCCCUGCCCAGCCCCGAAGCGAUGCUGGGACAGCCGUGGAAUCUGUGGGUCGAAGCUUCCAAACUUCCAGGGAAGGACGGGACCGAAUUGGACGAAAGUUUGAAGGAGUUUGGGAAAAACCGCGAAGUCAUGGGGCUCUGUCGGGAAGGUGAGUCCAGCCCCGAUGGUGGAGUUUGUGCCAACCCUAGGGAAGUUUUCUUGUUGCUUCAGCCCACCUUCCCUGCUUCCCCCUUGGAGGAAGAUGCUGAAGAGGAGGGACUCGGGACCCAAGAAGUCGACUUUGGGCAGCUGGAUUUCUCAGUCCAGAACUGGCAUACUGUUACUGCCUCAGGUUUACUCCGUGUUUUUAGCACCUGCUUUGCUUCCUUUUGCCACACGGCCAGUUGGCGCUGCCAAGAAGAGUUAACGCUGGUGGCAGCCCUCUGGGAGCUUCCAUUGGAACAGAUUAUAGG